ACCGAUUAAAAUUUUUAAUUUAUUGCUCAGAAUAAUAUACAUAUUAUGCUACCUAUAUGAUUUGUCGUACUUUAAUUUAAAUAUACACUCACACACAUUUGCAGAUGACGACUGCACAAAUGUGUUGGGACAACACCGAAAUGAGUAACAAAAAUAAUAAUUUACGUUUUUAAACUCAAAAGUUUACCACGUAUCCUUUACCUAGAUGUUAUAUUUUGAAAGCAAAAAAAUGAAAUGUUCAGUUCAUUUCUCAUUGAUAAUUUUACUGCUCAUACGACGCGGUUCGUGUUCACGUCAUUAUGAUAGACACCGUCUAUUACAGUUGAGAUCGGAAGUGAAAGAAAUGUUUGAACAUGCAUAUCACGGCUACAUGAAAUAUGCUUAUCCUUAUGAUGAGUUACGACCAUUGACGUGUGAUGGUGUGGACACUUGGGGCAGCUAUUCAUUAUCUUUGAUUGAUGCCCUAGACACUCUAGUUGUAAUGGGAUUACAUGAUGAAUUUAAUAAGGCAGUUGACUACAUAAAAUAUAAUGUUUCUUUUGAUGCUGAUAUUAAUGUAUCAGUUUUUGAGACAAACAUAAGAGUUGUUGGUGGACUGCUAAGUGCCCAUAUGUUAUCUCAUAGAGCCACUACAGAAUUAGAAAUUGGAUGGCCGUGUAAUGGACCACUGUUACGUAUGGCUGAAGAUGUAGCUAGAAGACUAUUGCCAGCAUUUGAUACCCCUACUGGUAUGCCUUAUGGAACAGUUAAUCUUCGAUCUGGUGUACCCGAAGGCGAAACAACUGUAACUUGUACAGCAGGAGUUGGUACAUUCAUAUUAGAAUUUGGAACUCUGUCCCGACUAACUGGUGAUUUUAUAUUUGAACAGGUAGCUUUAAAAGCUCUUCAUUCGUUGUUCAACCAUAGAUCUAAAAUGGGAUUAAUGGGUAAUCAUUUGGACGUGGCCUCUGGAUUAUGGAUUGCACAUGAUUCAGGCAUUGGUGGUGGGAUUGAUUCAUAUUUUGAGUACUUAGUUAAAGGCUCUCUGCUAUUUAAUCUGCCUCAUCUAAGAAGCAUGUUUGAUGAGUUAAGAAAGCCUAUUGAUAAGUACUCAGCAACUUCUACAGGGUGGUAUUUUUGGGUGAACAUGCAAAAGGGCCAAGUAACAAUGCCCAUAUAUCAGUCAUUAGAAUCAUAUUGGCCAGGGCUUUUAAGUCUAAUAGGUGAUAUAGAUAUUGCCAUGAAAUCGAUGUCAAAUUAUCAUGAUGUACUUAAACUAUAUGGUUUUACUCCUGAAGUUUACAACGUUGUUAAUCAAGAGUCCGCCAGAGAUUCAUUCCCAUUACGACCUGAAUUAGUGGAGUCUGCCAUGUAUUUAUACAAAGCAACUAGUGGAGACCCCUAUUUACUAGACAUAGGUAGCGACAUUCUACGUUCUAUUCAACACAGUAGCCGCACGCGAUGCGGAUAUGCUACGAUUAAAAGUUGCAAGAAACAUUCUCUUCAAAAUAGGAUGGAGUCAUUUUUCCUUGCUGAAACAACCAAGUACCUAUAUUUACUUUUUGACCCUGAUAACUUUAUACAUAAUGAUGGAAGUCAUGGUAAAGUUUGGAAAACAGCUGGUGGCCGUGAAUGCAUAGUCGAUGCAGGUGGAUACAUUUUUAACACAGAGGCUCAUCCUAUAGAUCCCGGAAUAUUGCACUGUUGUUACGUGGCUGACAACAACCACUGGUCGCAUCGUCAACAACCGAAAUAUCAACGUUUUAUGAAAUUGUCAAUGGAAGCUGACAAAAAAAAAAAAGAAUCAAUCAAUCAAGCAAAAGGCACCCUGAUCGGAGAAAACGGCAGCUCGGCAAGUGGUCACGGGUUCACCGUGGACGAGAGCAGCGUCUAUUGGACUCAACAGGUGCACGAAGACCAACGGCCGCAGUUCAAAAACGAUCAUCAAAAACCGGCAGCGACCUCGGACGCGAUCUCUGGUAGACCACCGACGAUAGAUUCGCUACAACCGCCGUCUCCGAUACCUCCGCCGUCGUCACGGCCACCGGUGAUUUAUCGGACGGACGACCAACUGCAGGGCGACGGAAGGCUAGAGGACGAUGAAGACGCCUCUGCCGAUGACGACCAUAGUGGAAACAGGGACGACGGCGGUGACAGUCGGUUCGAAUCUACAACCCGACGGAAGGGGAGAGCCAUCGAGCCGAACGAUUUUCACGAUUAUGACGACGGUUUUAAAGACCCGACCACCGCCGACCACCGAUAUCGACAGCCAACAUCGGUCGAUUACGAUCACGAUCGCGGCGAUAACGACAACGGUGACGAUAAUAAUUGGAAAGCUAAACAGCACCGUCGGACGAGCGAAAAACGCCAACAGGACGACCAGGACGAUGAUGACGCUUCCACGGCCGGUCCUGACGACGGCGACAACGGUUACCAGAUACUCGCGUGCCCCGCUACGAAUAACUUUUACACGCAUUUCCGAUGGUGACGACGAGAUGGCGGAAAAGCGCCCUCGCCCGUCUUGGUUGAUUUAUAUUAUUUAUUAUUAUUUAUUAUGAUACUGUGUUUAUGUUGUUGGACCAAAAAAUAUAAUAUCGUUUAUAAUAUUGUUA